CAGCUGGAAGUUAGUUUUGUGCCGCAUUCCAAUCCCUACAGACACACAUUUCUUGCAGGCAGACCAAAGGGCAUCAUCUGACCCUUCUCUAUCUCUGUGCAUAUUUUUUGGGAGCAUUGUUUGGUGUUUUCUUAGAAAAGAAGUGACUAUUCUGUGUUUGGUGGAGGAGUGAAGGACAAUUUAAUAGUUCAGUGUUCUAUAUAUUUUUUCGAGGAGCUUUUUUGUGCAUUUUCUGUUCAUUCUGCGUGGUUGCAGCAGCAUCCAAAAUGCCCCUGUGGCAGAAUUUUUCGCUUUUAGCGAUUAUUUUAUUGCAUUUAGUUCAAACGGGUGCAGCAGAAACGGAAAUUCCCACCACAACGACGACGGAUGAUCUCACGACGACAGAUUUAGAGGAUUUAUUUAGGCCGUACGAGGCACAGUAUCCACAAGAGAAUGUUGGGGAGACUGAUGAGGAAGCCUUUCAGAAUGAUGCAAAUGUGGAAGGAGUUCUGGAGGGCAUUGAUCGUGUAAUUGAGUCCAUUGAAAAGGUCGUUAGUGAAUUGCAGAAGAAGCUGCACGACGAGGAGAGGCUCAGUGGGGACUAUGAAGAAGAAGUUAAGAGGCACAAGAGGGUUGCUGAUGAGAAUAAUUUGUGGGACAUUAAGGAUAUUUCUCAUCUUGUGGAGAAGGCAUCGAGAGAGAUGACCAUGCUGACUCGUUUGCAGAGAAUAAAGAAGAAGCAAUUUAAAGCUAUUGAGGAUUUCAUGGCAAUGGGUGAGGAGCACCAGGCAAGGACAACGGAGAAGCCACAAAUUCCCAAAGAGAAGAUAAAACAGUUCAUUGAGCGUGCAAAGAUGAAGCAACAGAAGGAUGUGGAGAAGGCAAAGCAGGAAAAAUCAAUGGAACACACUGAAGAUCCCUUUCUUGACAUGGGGGCAAUCUUUAAGCACCUUGUCCCCACAUCCACAACAACCCACCCACCGCCGGCGCAAAUUAAGAAUAAGAUUGUCAUCGAAAGUGACGACUACUACGAAGACACUCCACUGGAUCGCCGUGUGAGGAGUGUGGAUUCGCAAUUCUUCAGCAAUAUCGCAUCGUAUCUCAUGCGAUCAUUUGGCCAGGAGCCAGAGAGCACGCCCAAUCCCCCCGUGAAGCGUGAGAUUGAGAAACGUAUCAACACAAUUGAUGAGGAUGCUGAAAAUGAUCUUGAGAAUGAUGUUCUUGUCACACCAAAGCAAAUUCCCGAAGAGUUCAGUCACCCAAAGAGUGAAUCUCCCCUCAUUGAAUCCAUCCAAGCUAUUCCGGAUCCCGAAGUAAGGCUUGAAUUCACUAAAGAUAUCCAGCCGAAGAUUGAGGGGCUUGAGGAAGCUGUUGAGGAGCCACGGCGACCAAUUCAUCUCACCGUUGUGGAAGACGAUGGGACGGUGAUUCAGCUAACAGAGAGCCCAAAAGAAGCGGAAGAAAUGAGAAAGAUCUCAUCAAUUCUCGAGGAAGUUCUCGAAAUGCAAAAUGUCGUCACGGAGGAACCUGCAAAAGAGAAAGAAGAGGUGAAUUUUGAGAAGGAAAAGGAUACAAAAGAGAAAGAAAUUAAUACAUCAACAAUCCAACCGGAAGUGACAACAAUCCCACCAGAAGUGACAACAAUCCCAGAAGAAUUUAUUGAGGGAACCACCGACAAAAGCGUUGAAUAUGUAUCUUCCCGUGAGAAUGAAGUCAUCUCCAGGGAAGUUCCGGAAGUUCCCGAAGUACCUGAAAAGGAAGAAAUAAAUGUUAAAGAAUUGAGAAUCAAUCAGGAGGUUCAGGAAGAGAAAGAUUCAGAAGUAUUCACAGAAUCUCCUACAGAAAUUACAACGAUUUCUUAUUACGAAGAAACAACUUUACCAUUGGAUAUUCGUGAGGAGGAUCAUCAAGUUCUGGCUGAAGAUAUGUUCGAGGAAGUCAUUUUGGUAUCCACAACUCACCCUCCGGACACUGAAGAUGCAAAGAUUGCUGCUAAAACUUUGGCUGGGGUAGAAAUGGAAAUUCUUGGGGAGAAUUUUGCAACAGAUUUCACGACAAAUUACCCAAUAAAUGACGUAGAAACAACCACAUUGGUGAAUGAGGAAGAGGAAGUGAUGGAGGUAACAACUCCCCCAACAUCUUUUGAAGAGAAAAAGAAUAAAUUGAAGGAUGAGCUUGAGAAGAAAACUUCAGGAGCAUCGUCUUCUUCAUCUUCGGAGGAAUCUUCUAGUUCAAGCAGCAGUAGUAGUAGCAGCAGCAGCAGCAGUAGCAGUUUCAGCAGCACAACCAGCAGCACCACUUACGAGUCUUUAUAUUCCACAACGAUGAGAUCUGAGAGUUUGAGCGUCAGUGAGGAUUAUUCACUUUCAAAGAAUGACCUUUAUGACCUUCUGAGUAAGCCCGUUAGUAAGCCCGCCUCAUCAGAGAGUGAAGAGGACACCCUCAAGAAUGCCAAGAAGGAAGCAAGAUCUCGAUCACUGGAUGUUAGCAAGGCUGUGGUUGUGAGUCAAACCCCCGAAGAAAUCUCUGCAAUUGAAGAUGAACUAAAACCAACAAUGGAUAAUCAUGCAGUGCGAAAGAAGGAGGGAGUUUCGAGGGAAUUCCACGAGGAAACUACAGAAGAAAUCACCACGGAGAUCGCAGCUAUACCCGAGGGGAGAAGUUUGAACGGUGACACCGUUGAAGGAGCCCUGCAGUCGAUUGUGGACGCCGUGGAUAUUGCGAUGGAAACGAAGAAAAGCAUUGAAACAUUUCCUGAUGUUGUGGCAACAACUGAAGCACCUCCUACAACUGAUCGUCCUCUUGCUUCAACGAAAAACACUCGAGACCUGGUGGGAUUUGGGCGCGAUGAUUCUUCCCUGGGGCUCGAGGAGAGUCUCCCGCUCGAUCGUACACCCAGCGAAAGUUCCACAAUGGUGGUCACUUCAGCCACCUCCGCCGUUGUUGCGUUAAUCCUCGUGCUUGGCAUUGGGGUGUUUGCAGUGAUGCGAACGCGCGUCCACGGUGGAUUGGAUUUAGCGGCGGUUUAGUUUGUUUUUGUGUGUGUUUUUUGUACCAUCUCUGUAUUAACUCAUUUCGCACGAUAAUCACAUUAAAUUGCCAGCAAGGAACAUAGAAUUAAAAUCGAAUUACAUUUCAUAUUGUUUAUAAGACUCGAAUUACCAAUAAACAUGAUUUUUGGGACAAUUA